AUGCCACGAUCCCACCACUCUCUCACAAGCACAUGUCCAACGCCCAAUAAUCCAGCCCAGCAAUCGCUCUCCGACACCACGACACGGCACACAUGGCGCGAGCGUCGCGCCUUCGAAUACUACUUCCGACACUUCAGCCUCGUCAUCGCAGGCUUCCCCCUGGACAACCGCUUCUGGCACGGCAUCGUGCUACAACUAUGUCGCUCCGAGCCUGCCGUCUGGGACGCUAUCAUCGCGGUCAGCGCUUUAUACGAGAGCCCGGAUCAUCCAGUCGAGGGCGUGGGCGCGGCCAUGGUGCGACCGGCCAUGACGAAGAGCGUGGCGAGACACCACCGCGAGCCGAUGGGCUGGUAUUUCCGAUCGAUGGCGGGGAUGAAGGAUCGGAUUGGGCGGAAUCGAGCCAGUGCAUUCCUGUGUCUGGUUACUUGUGUGCUGUAUCUAUGUUUGGAGAAUAUGCAGGGCCAUGCGGUGGAGGCGUUGCAGUUGUUUGAGCAGGGGGUGAGGUUGCUUGAGCUUGUGCUUGUAAAGGGGAACGGGGGGAUGUUAAGGAAAGGGUCUUAUGAGAGGACGGUGGUUGAGGAGGUGGUUGGGCCGAUUUUUGGUCGACUUGGGGUGAGUGCGCUGGUUUCGACGGGAUAUCCUUGUCCUGUGCAAGACUGGUGGGAUAGGAAGGAUGUCCUCUGUGUUCGCAGCAUGGAGGAGUUGCGAGAUACGAUGGUUUCGUUGAAUGCAGAGGCGAUUAUCCUCGCGAAGGCAGCCUAUGGAUACUUCCAUGCUGGCAUGGAGGAGAAGCCUGAGCACCUCCAGGCGCUCUUCGCUCAGCAACACGCCUUGGGUAUGAAACUACAAGGAUGGAGAACCGUGUUUACGACGCUGCAGGACAAACACCCACAAACCAAUCCUACUGAUACUACAGCCUCAGUCCUUCUAACCUUCCACAUCGCCGCAUCCAUCAUGGUCUCAACUUGCCUCUCUCAACGCCAGCUUCCGUUCGACAACCACAUAGACCAGUUCCGGGAUCUAAUUGAACAUGCUAGGACAGUACUACUGUCGCCUACAUCUCAUGUCCUACCGGGCAGUCGUCUCCCAUUUACAUUCGAAACAGGCCCGGGCCUCCCUUUAUACUACGCGGCAGUCAAAUGCCGGGACGCGAGUCUUCGACGAGAAGCACUUUCCCUGCUCAAGCAAGCAGCGCAAGUUCAGGCCUUCUUCAACUGUUCUUCCUGGAUUCGACUAGCCGAGAUGGCUAUUCAGUUAGAAGAGGGGGAUGUGAAAGGGUUACAGCUAAAGAUCCAAACACAGUCUUACACCGGCCCCAUCGACCCUGCCGUCGCUUUGAUACAUGAAAGCCACAAGUACCAGGAAUGGUUAGUCUUCGGCAAGCUAGAUCAUAAACAACCCGUUGUCCACGAAGUGGCAAGGAUAGCUGGUAUCAAUGCAGAGCGCUUUUUCAUGAUUCUGCAGGAGCCGGAGUCCCGACGCAUACCUGAAGAGCAACGCCUGAAUGAUAUUGGCGUCACGACAGCAUACCGGUUCCAGGGAGAUGCUCUCAACAAGUAUGGUGCGGGAAUAGAGCAUCUACUUCAGCACAAAACAUGCGAAGAAGUCUUCGUCCAGUUUACUCGCAGCAGGCUAGACCCUACCAGUGGGGAGUGGGAACAGGAUAGAUUUUUCCUGUCUGCGGACUAG